CUGCUUUCCACAGCGACGAGGAGUUGCCCACUACCCUCCGGAGGCAUUCAUGAUACCCAAGAAAGCAGGAAACGGGAGUUGGCACUCUCAAUAUUCCUCUAGAUUCACCAAUUCGAGUCGAGGUGUGACUGCCUGGGACCCUGAUCGCAUCACGCCUCCUUCAACCUCUCCCUCUUCCCCUUCUCAUCCUCCCAAGUCCUCCAUCCGUUCCCUUCCUUCAGCCUUCAAUCGUCCCACUCAGAAGGCUCCUUCUCUCUAUUCUGUAGCCUCUGCUGCUGAUUCUGUGGUAUCCCAUCCCUACGCCAUCAUGCAUAUCGCUCCUUUACCCGUAGUCAGCAAUAAGGAUCAUGUCGAGGAGGAGGAGGACUGUCCCGUUUGUCUAGAGCCUCUCAGCUUUAGCUUCAGGUUGCCAGGGGAGAAACCUCACAUAGUUCCAGAAUGUGGUCAUGCACUGCACGAGGCAUGCUUCACUGCAGUUUAUGGUCCGCCUCCGAGUCAAGCAAGGACUGCAGUUCCUAGAAAAUCGAAUCUAGGUGUCUGCGGCGUCUGUAGGCGUCCAAUGAAGGUUGGCGAUGGUGACAGUGGAAAGUCUAACAAACUCGCUGCCUUGACUGGUGUAGGCGAUCCUGCUGCUUCGGCUCUGUACCCUGGGAGAGACACUCCGACAGCCGGGCGACGGAGAGCACCAAGCGCACGUCCUUCCGAUCCUUCAGAAGACGAUCCCUUGGAUCAUACAGGGUCAGUGAAAUCAGGCACAGCCAAUGAACACACAUACAUCGUCGCACCUUCAAUCCAAGUUCGCCCAGAAUUCUCUUCAUUGACUCGAACUAACGAUGUCAACCAACCUCUCACUUGCCUCGUUGUCAUCGAAUUACCUGGCAAACGCGUUAAUGGCCCCGUUCCUGGCCCAGCCCCCCACGACUACAGUCCACGCAGUCGAGAGCAUGAAAUGGUCGGUACACCUCCACCUCAUCGCAAACAAUCACAUCCAGACUUAGGCCAUUCAUAUGGGGGCGAACGACAAUCUGCUAAUUCUCACGAUUUCAACCAUAGUCGUUCCGAUUCCGCUUCCUCAUUCUCACCCGUGAACAUAAUCCACCGCGAAGAAGAAUCACCGUUCAACGCCAUCACUGAGGAUCUUCGCAACAGAAUUAUUGACUGGAAGGGGCAUCCAUUAUCAGACCUUGGACCCUUGCAGAUGUACGACCUUCUGGCAGUCAGAAGGGACUCGUUGGUUCGAGAGUUCUAUGUUUACCUCUUCAAAGAAGCCCUCAUCUGUGUUGUCGAGGAGAAGAAGCGUUCUCUGGGAAGACUUUUAUCGAAUGCUUCAGGACUUUCAGAUUCCGGUUCAGUCAUGGGCUCAUCUGGAGCACAGUCGAAAGGCGUACUCAGGCUCAAAGGUCGGAUUUACGUCAGACAUAUCAAGAAUGUCAUAGCCUCCUCCUCCGCAGGCGAGAUGUCCCUGACGAUUGACAUGGAGGAUGAGCUUGCUUCGUUCAUACUAAUAUAUAAGGAUCGAUCGUCUCUCGAAGCAUGGAAAAACACAAUACAGGCCUUGGUCAACAUGUUUCAAAGUCAAAACCCGGCCUAUCAGCAACAACAACAGCAGCAGCAGCAGCAGAGCUAUGAACGUGGCUUGGAGAUGGAGGAGUUUGGAGGCAACUCGAAAGCGAAGAGGAUGCUCAGUGGGAGCACAGGUACGACCGUCAGCAGUGGGGCUGACAGUCUGUUGAAUGGCUCUUCACGGUCAACAAUGUCGUCUUCGACGUCCCACGGCUCUCUUCAACAUCCGUCACAUCCUCGACCGCAUCCGCAACAGAAGUUGUCAACACUUGGGGAGGAUGAUGAAUUGGCGUACGAUUCUCGUCCUACUUUGGUUACGCCGUAUACCUCGGCAGGACCAUCGAACUCUUUGACGCCUUUACCGCAUCCCCCAAUGGACCUCAUCAUGGUAAUCUCCCUCCCGCCCCCCACUGCCACUCCCAGCACAGCUCAACUGAAGUUGCGAGUCAUCAAAUCUACCUUAGAGUUCAUAAUGGCUUCGCUCAGCCAAAAGGACAGGCUGAGUCUGGUUACCUUUGAAGUUGGUGUAGGUGGCCGAGUCCGAAAGACGCCGUUCCUGAGCGUCACUAAAGGACAUAGUAAGGCUCGAUUAGAGAAAUUCGUUGCCGACCUCAUAUCGCGGCGGCCCGAAAUGGAAACCGGUUUUUCGGGUGUUUCAUCCCGGGAAGGUCUUUCUCAGGACGAGUUUUUGGUUCGAAGUAACAAAGACGAGAAGUCAGAUGUGGUGACAGCUGUCAAUCAUGGUCUCGAUGUGGUUUUACAGCGUAAAGCCAAGAAUGCUAUCUCAGGCAUGGUCCUCGUCAGCGAUGCCUCAGACAGUGCUCGUCGCGCUCAAAUGGAUCUCGUUUUGGCUCGUGCUGAGGCCGCAAACGUACCUAUACACUCGUUUGGCUACGGACGGUCCCACGAUCCUGCCUCACUUUGGUUGAUGUCGAAUCACACAUCUGGCACGUACACAUUUGUCAAGGAUUGGUAUGAUCUCCGCGACAGCAUCGCAGGGUGUGUGGGCGGAAUGAUGUCCAUUGGCCUUCUUAACAUGAAGUUACACAUGAAGAUAGUUGAUGGAAACCGGUUCAGAAUACGGAAGGUGUCAGGUGGGCCGUCAAGCAUAUUGUCAUCUGACGGACAGAACGUCGAUGUUGAUGUGGGAGAGUUGAGAUAUGGCGAGAGGAAGGAGAUGCUCAUUGAGUUGGAGCUUGAUAACACCGACAUGCAGCAGAAGUUGGCGCGGGCAGGCGGUGCUUUGGGAGCCGGACGGGAUGGACGAGCAUUGAAUGCCACGGAUCGAUUCGUUCAAAGCAUGGGACUGGACGCGUUGACGAUUGAUGACGGUACUGACUUCACGGACGGAAUGAUGGAUAGGAUGAUUGAUGAAGUACCAGUCGUCGAGGUCGAUGGAGGUUUCUACGAUCCAGCAGCUGGAAAGAACGUGUCACGAUUGGCCCAUCCAGUGUUGCUGACCGUGACUUUACUUCCUCCAAAUGGAGCUGCACCGAAGCCACUCUCAACGGUCUCCGACCCAGUCAUCGUGAGGAGAAGAAUGGAGUUGCUUGCUUCGGAUAUGAUCACUCGCGCGCUUGUGUUGGUGUCACGGAAAAACUAUCCUCAGGCUCAGAAAAUUAUGAGCGAGACCAAGCGGAUCCUACACACCGUCCUACAGAAUAUCUCGAAAUCACUCCCUCCGCCAAAUUCAAAUGGAAGUACCGUCAGGAAUAGGAAGGAAGUCCUUACGCUAGGGACCGUUCGAGCAAUGCAAGCUAUAUUGCAAGAUUUGCAGAUUCUCAGCGAAGCCCUGGAUGACAACGUCGAUCUGUUUGCACAUGAUCAGCGGAAUUUCGGUGCCCAACAAGCUAUGAUACUGAGAGAUCAAAAAAGUUGGACUGGACGGAGUGCUACAGAGCGGCUAUUCUGGACUACAGACAAUUCUAUCGAUCUUGUCGCGCGCAGUACAGACUGGGUGACGAGAGACUGAAUCUUUCUGCUUCUCUGUGUUCCGUCUCCGUCUUGCACACUUACCCUCUGCCUUUCCGUGCUUUCCAGAGCUCACUUGGUAUUUAUAGGUACACGUUGUGAUCUAAUUUGUGUAUAUGGUGCUCCGUAACCGCCCAGCGUCAUUCUGUCUUCCCAUCCGUCGUAUUAUCUUAUUAUCUGUAUCGAGCUUUCUCCCUCCUCUGUAUCAUUUUCAGUUCUUACAUCAUAUUCUUGUCAUCGCUCGUUGUCCUUUCCGAACAUUGCUUUUUCUUCAAUAUCACCUUCACUCUCCUUUUCUUCUUCCAUAGUAUUUUUCGCCAUCUUUGCAGGUAAAGUUCCUCGCCGCUCUUGAUUGGCUUAGUCGCUAAGGACAUGUCAUGAACCAAUCCUAACCAUACAAAAUAAAGCCACCACAUACCCCG